AUGGAGUUCGAAAAGUUGAAUAAAAAGUUGAAGCUUUUUCAAAAAGCAGUCACCACAAGGAAGAACAAGCGCAAAUCUUUGUGUAGUGAGAGCUUAAGAGAAGAUGGACAAGAGGCAAAAGUUUUGCCCAGUAGGUUUAAGGAUAAAGGAAUUAACCUUGGCAUCUCCCAAAACCAAUCUUUUAGAAAUAAAUCAGCUGAAAAAUAUAAGAUGAACCAGAGCGUGCUGGUUCCUAAUUUUAACAAGUCUGCACAUCUGAAUAAAAUAGAUUUUGUAAGCAACUUUAAGGCAGAUAAUAGACUAGGAAAUCCUCCUAGAAGAGCCAACCAGUCAGUUCAUCAUUAUGAGUCAUUGCGAGUUUGGUCAAAGAGCACACAGAACAAAGGCCGCUUCUGAAGAGUCAAUUACAGACUCACUGAUGUUCACAAGGCUAGAAUUAAUAAAAUUCCUGCAAGACCAAUCACCGAUACUAAGAAUUUGGACAAUGAUAGAGCCAAAGAUCCCGUGAAAAUUGAGCUUGACAAGAUUAAGUCUGACUUUGGAAAAUUUUCUGUUGAUAGUCAGGCCCAAUCGAAAGUUGAUAAUGACUAUCAUACAUCCAGAACUGUUAAGAGAAAAGAUUUGGAAAACCAAGUGUUGAGGAAAAACUCUGAUGCUAAAAUCAAAAAAUUUAUUCAGAAAAUUCAAGAUCUUGAACAAGAAAAUACAGAUCUAAGAGAUUAUAAUCGCAAGUUACUCAAAUUGGAAGACAAUUCUUCCAUUCUCUCUACUGAUGUGCAUACCUUUUAUCAAGAUGUCUUCAUUACUGAUCUAAACAAGCAGAUUGACAAGAAUAACCAGAAAGAAGGAGAAUAUAAAAAGCAAAUUACUGAGCAAGCAAUUAUAAUUGAGAAGCUGCAAAAAGAAGUUCAGCAUUUAAACAAAGUAUUGAAUCGAUACAGAAAUAUCGUAAACGAGCUCACUAAAUAAAGAAAAUGGCCUUCUAAAAUCUCAGAAUUUGCAGAGAUUAGGGAAACCUAUUCAAAGACUUCAUUCAAUGAUUGGGAAUGAUCACGAUGAUUCUUCAAUAUUGGAUGAUGAAAGCAGUGUCCAGUUUGAAGCACCUUUGUCCAUAACAUCUGGGUUUAAUCAAAAGACAAUGCUUCCUGGAAAUGAUGCUAGCAGGCUCAGCUCGACUAUCUCGCUAAUUAAGCAGGCAAAGGCCAAGAAGUCUAAUCGUAUCAAACUGGAUAUGAUCAACAACUGUCUAUCAGCGAUCUCGAAGACAAGACAUUUGAAUAAUAUGAUUGACAUCUUCAAACAAAAGGUCAGACUAUUGGUCAAUGUGGAUCAAGUCAAUGUCAUCCUCACAAAUAACAUUGUAGUAGAUGCUUUCAACAAGGAGAAAAAGGGGUACACCCAGCCGAUAAAGCUGGAGGAAUGCACUAUCUUCAGAGCUAUGGAAAACAGAACCGGCAACAAACAUACUCAAGAUAAUGAUAAUUUUAGAAAUUUUUACUGAGGGACUUUUGAAGAAGCUUUCAUUGGUCAAAAAGGCAAGAACUACAUGAUAUCUCCUAUAAAGGACUUCUCAGCUACUAAGAAGCAUGGGCAUCUUAGUAAAUAUCCUAUGUACGCUAUUGUCCAAGUCGAGAGGACCAAGAAGAACUCUCCAAAAUUUGAGAUUAAAGAAAACCAGAUUCUCGAUUCUCUUUGCUUAAUGAUGAGUUCAUGCAUUCAGAGAGUCCAGAAUACCCAAGACUGUAACAGGAAAGAAGAAAGAGUGAUGCAUCUCUUGAAGACUUUCAGACAGAUUGCAAUGGAAAGGAAUCAUGUCAACAUUUAUAACAAGAUUAUUGAAUAUGUACCUAAGAUCAUGAAUGUCGAGAAAGCAGGUCUGUUUAUGACGGAUCCUGCUGAUAAAUAAAUCAAUGUACAACAUCUCAACAUGGGAGAAAGACUCAAGCGGAGUUCCUUAUAUUACUCAAGUAGCCAGAUAUCCGUCAAAUGUUGGCCUAACUGGCAUAUGAAUGAUGAAUAAAGAGGUUAUUAGAUAUGAUAAGGACAAAACUAAUCUAAUAGAAGAGAAAGGAGAGAAAGGAGACAAAGGAAGACAGGGAUUUAUUUCUGAAAUCGAUAAUUAUAUGGAAGCAGGUACAAUACACAAUGCUCUCUAUGGUCCCUUGAUUGAUGAUUUGGGAAAACCAGUUGGAUGAAUUCAACUUUUGAACAAAAAGGGCAAGGCUGAAUUCACAGAUACCGAUUUAGAAGAGUUCCAAACAAUAUUAGAUGUCACUGCAGCAACAGUUGACAAUUCUAACGAAUCUUUGAAGGGAAUGAACUUAGUUACCUCCUUACUGCAAACCAUCCAGACAAUUCAUUCAUUAUUCUCAAACGAUCUCGCAACACUUGCAAAUCUCCACGAGAUAGAAUUUGUAGCUAAUAUAAAGCUGAUCAAGGAAGAACUCAGCACAUUAGUUGAUAGUAAAAAGAAGCAAUUCUUCAGAGACGGGGUCUUACUUGAAGAAUACUUCAGCCAAGUAAAAGGUGGAAGCGUCACCCUCAAAGAUACUAUUGAAAAUGAUAUUAAAUAG